AUGGGCUCUCAGGAUGCCAUUACGCUGCACUCGCGGAAAGUGGUGAAGCCGCAGCAGACGCAGCAGGAGGCGAUUGACGAGUUUUGGGCAAAGUUUACGACCAAGGCGCCGGGCAAGGCAACUACUGUGCUGCCGCAGAAUCCAUACACUGCCCGCGUCGCCAGGAAGAAUGCCAAAGCCGCCUCAUCCUCCUCCACCACGCAGGCAUCCUACGAAACCGCGGCGGCUAUGUGCCGGGCCAAGGUGGAAAAGAUUGUCCGGGAAUGCCGCCGAGUCAACAAAAAGUACCGCGAUCCGCACUUUGACCUCGAGGCCGACCUGAAGCUGGGCCGUCGCGACUGUUUGGAGUCCCUCUCCAACUUUGACGCCCUCGAGAACCCCGGCAAGGACUUUAAGCCGGGCAGUGCGAAACGUGUCGUGGAUAUCUUUGACAAGCCGCAGUUCUACAUUGACGGCCCGACGGCUAAUGACGUGAGGCAGGGUCGAGACGGCGACUGCUGGCUCAUGUCGGCGCUGUGCACGCUGAGCAACAAGAAGGGGCUGAUUGAGAGAUUGUGCGUGGCUCAUGAUCAGCAGGUUGGUGUCUAUGGGUUUGUCUUUUACAGGGACGGCGAGUGGAUUUCUGAGAUUGUGGACGACUUUCUCUAUCUCACCAAGUCCGACUAUAACGAGAAGCACUGGGAGAGAGUUCUCUUUGACGAAUUGGAGCGCAUCAACCCCGAAGAAGCCUACCGCAAGGUGUACCAGUCCAACAGCAGCGCGCUAUACUUUGCUCAGUGCCAGCAUCCUCAGGAGACUUGGCUCCCGCUGCUGGAGAAGUGCUAUGCAAAAGCGCACGGGGACUACGCUGCCAUCGAGGGCGGAUACGGAGGCGAGGGCAUUGAGGAUCUCACCGGCGGCGUCACCUCUGAGAUUUUCACGGCCGAUAUUCUCGACAAGGAAUACUUUUGGAAAGAAGAGCUGCUCAAAGUCAACGAGGACUUUCUCUUCGGCUGCAGUACUGGAGUAUGGGGGCCUAAUGCGAAUUGGGGGGAACGCAAGGGGAUACUUGAGCUUCAUGCCUACUCCAUCCAGCGAGCGGUGGACAUUGAUGGCAAGCGGUUACUCCGACUCAAGAACCCUUGGGGCAAGGGAGAGUGGAAAGGACCCUGGAGCGACGGUUCCAAGGAGUGGACUCCCGAAUGGCUCGAGAAGCUUGACCACCGCUUCGGCGAUGAUGGCGACUUUUGGAUCGCAUACGAAGACCUGCUGCAGAAAUAUCAAGCCUUUGAGAGGACUCGGCUGUUUGACGACUCUUGGCAGGUCUCUCAGAUUUGGACCACGGUAAAUGUUCCCUGGAUGCUGGACUACCACGACACUCACUUUUCGCUGCGUAUCGAGAAGCCUGGCCCGGUUGUGAUUGUUCUGUGCCAGAACGAUCAGAGAUACUAUCGAGGGCUUGAAGGUCAAUAUGAGUUUGAGCUGGCGUUUCGCGUUCACAGACACGGCCACGAGGAUUACCUUGUACGCAGCCAAGCACCGUACCGCAUGAGGCGGUCUGUCAAUGUCGAACUCGACCUGGAAGCAGGUGACUAUGAUAUUCGCAUCAAAAUCGACGCAACACGUCUCAACAGGCUGCUGCCUCUGGAAACGGUGGUCCGAAACAAUGCCAAGAAUCGACGAGAGAAGCUGACUCGCAUUGGCCUCGCAUACGACCUCGCACAUAGCAAAGGCAAACUAAUGGAAUCACCGGAGGAGAGGGCUGCCAGGGAAGCCCACGAGAAGCGCCUCAAAGACAAGGAACUAAGUCAGAUCAAGGAGAGGAUCCUUGACCGUCGAAGAGAUGAUCAUCAUCUCAACAAGAAACAGUACUCUAGGCUACAGAAACGGGAACGGAAGCGACGGGAGAAACAAAAGGCAAAGAACGCCGAGAGGAGAAGCAAGAGUAAGAAAGGCGAUGCUGAAGAAACUGACAUGGCCGAUGAAUCUACAGACAAGACUGGGCCACUCCCGGAGGCGAAUAGCAACGGCGACGGCCUGCCCCGUGAAGUCGACGAGAAUCAGGAAUCACCACCGUCGCAUGAUGGAGCCUCAAGGGCGAAAAGGAGAGCUCCCAAGUCUAUUGCUCCGGCAGAUAGAGUCCUCCAGCCAUCUUCGCUGUUUGGAGACACGGAUCGGAGGGAGCCAGCUUCGUCAUACUAUGAAUCCGAGAGUGAUGGCGACCUUGCGAGUUUGUCUUCGCUCUCUGAACUUUCCUCCCACGAGCUCGACCUGCAAGUCAAGGCUUAUAUGAAGAAUCAGCUGAACAAACCAACCGUUGUGACGCCACCGUCUCUCAAGUUUGAAGAUGAGCUGGAUGAGUUUGAAAGAGACCCCUGGAAUGCCGUUGUCGUCAUUGGAUUACGAGUGUACCAUCAGGCCGAUGAAGAAGACAGGAGCAAGGAAGUCAUCGAGCUCAAGGUGGUGCGCCCAAAUCCGUAUGCAGACUCGGAGGACGAAAACUCGGACGCCACGCAGCAGGCCGCCAGAGAAGAGCAAGAUUCGAAGAGCAAGGGCCUGGAUGUCGACGACAGUGCCAAGGAUGCAACGCUGGAGGGUGGCGUCAAGGACAGGAAGAAGAGCAUCGUGGGUGGAGGAGGGGAUUAG